AUGUCAAACCUACCUGAAAUUAUGGAAAGAUUCUGGUCAUUGGAAGAAGAUGAAUCCACACCUUGCUACUCCGUUGAAGAAGCUGCUUGUGAAGGGCGCUAUAUCGUUCGCCUUCCACUGAAGGAAGAUAUAUUGGUCAACCUGAGCGACAACCGCAACACAGCAAUCCGGCGCUUUCAUCUGCUAGAACGACGGCUGACUCGUGACGAAGGCCUAAGUAAACAAUACUGCGAAUUUAUGGAUGAAUACUACAAUCUUGGUCACAUGGAACGUGUACAGAACCACGAGAACUUACCGGUACCGUGUUUCCAUCUUCCUCACCACGCUGUGGUUCGAGAAGACAGCUCAACCACAAAGGUCCGAGUUGUUUUCGAUGCAUCGUGUAAGUCAGCGACUGGACUGUCGUUAAAUGAUGCUCUAAUGGUCGGUCCUAUCGUCCAACAAGACAUGAGAUCAAUCAUGAUGCGUUCACGAAAGCACCCCAUAAUGCUCACUGGCGACGUUAAGCAAAUGUACCGGCAAGUACUGGUGGACAAACGCGAUACACCUCUUCUACUUAUUGUCUGGCGACCCUCUCCCGAUUUGCCCCUCCUCACUUUCGAACUGAAAACGGUAACGUACGGGACAGCCAGCGCGCCGUUUCUCGCCACACGGGUACUUAAACAGCUAGCAGAGGAUGAACGAGAAAAUUUCCCCGAGGCGGCAGAAGUUCUCUGCAAGGACUUCUAUGUAGACGACUUAUUCUCCGGUGGACCCAACGUCACUGAAACUUCGAAGUUACGAGAGCAAUUGGAUUCGUUACUGGCUAAGGGCGGAUUCCAGUUACGUAAAUGGGCAUCGAACGAAGACGCCGUCCUCGAAGAUGUACCUCCGGAAAAUCGUGCUCUACAGCCAUCCGUAGACCUUCAACCUGACCAAUGCAUAAAAACGCUGGGCUUACACUGGGAACCUGCAUCUGACGUCUUCCGGUAUCGCAUCGAGCUACCUCCCCCUGGUACAACAUCAUCACUCACCAAGCGAAUGGCACUAUCUCUCAUUGCCCAACUGUUCGAUCCUCUCGGACUGGUGGGUCCAGUCGUCACAACAGCAAAGGUUUACAUGCAGUCACUAUGGACCAUGAAGGAUGAAAACGGAAACACCUGGGGUUGGGAUGUAGAACUCCCACCGGUCAUGAAGGAACGAUGGAUCAACUACUACUCGCAGCUUCCACUAUUGAACGAGCUUAAAAUCCAAAGACACAUUUUAUGCUCCAAUCCAACGUCAAUUCAGCUUCACUUUUUUUCGGACGCAUCACAGCAUGCUUACGGAGCGUGUGCAUAUGUGCGAUCGACGAAUGCGGAGAACACCGUUAAUGUGGCUCUUCUGACAACGAAAUCCAAGGUGGCUCCUUUGAAGCAACAAAGUAUCCCACGGUUGGAACUGUGUGGGGCUCUCAUCGCAACUCAAUUGUAUCAAAAGGUUAAAUCGUCUCUUCAACUAGAAGCAAAAACCUUCUUUUGGGUCGACUCAACGACGGUCAUCAGUUGGCUACUAUCAUCACCAUCCACUUGGACAACAUUCGUGGCCAACCGUGUCUCGAAAAUCCAGUUGGGUACAGAGAAUUGCACCUGGCAUCACAUCGCUGGCCAAGAAAAUCCCGCAGAUCACAUUUCUCGAGGCAUGACCGCCGAAUCGAUUCUCAACAACGAUCUCUGGUGGUAUGGACCGCCAUGGCUGCGACGCAACGAACAAGAAUGGCCUGCACAUCUGAUCGACCCAGCAGAAGAUACAACAGCAUCCCAAAAGCACGCAAAACACCGGCAGCGUUGA